GAGAGAAAUUGAUACUGCUUGUGUGUGUGAGGGAACAGAGAGGGAAGGAGAGCGAGUGAGCAGAGGGAGAUGGAGGACGCUUCUCGAUCGGCAGAGGACAGGCGGGUUACCAUGGCGAGGGUCUCGGGGGGCAACGCGUCCCUCUCCCCGCCCACCCUAAGCCCGGCCGUGCCCCCGUACGUGAAGCUGGGCCUCACCGCGGCCUACACGGCUCUGUAUUCUUUUCUCUUCGCUUUCGUCUACGCGCAGCUCUGGCUGGUGCUACGCUACCGGCACAAGCGCUUCAGCUACCAGACGGCCUUCCUGUUCCUGUGCCUGCUGUGGGCAGCUCUGCGCGCCCUGCUCUUCUCCUUCUACUUCCGGGACUGCGUGACGGCCAACGCGCUGGGCCCCUUCACCUUCUGGCUCCUUUACUGCUUCCCCGUCUGCCUGCAGUUCUUCACGCUGAGCCUGAUGAACCUGUACUGCGCCCAGGUGUUUUUCAAGGCCAAGUCGAAGUAUUCUCCUCAUCUGCUCAAGUACAAGUUCCCUCUCUAUCUGCUUUUUGCGGGUGUGAGUCUUCUGUUCCUUCUGGUGAAUCUGGCUUGUGCUUUGCUGGUUAAGAUGACGGACACGCAGGUGAAGACCAUUGUCCUUGUGCGCGUCACCAUCAACGACUCCCUCUUCGUGCUCUGUGCCAUCUCGCUCUCCAUCUGCCUCUACAAGGUGGCCAAGAUGUCCCUGGCCAGCAUCUACCUGGAGUCCAAGGGAACUUCGGUGUGUCAGGUGACACUGAUCGGCAUUACAGUGAUCUUCCUGUAUGCAUCAAGGGCCUGCUACAACCUCGUCGUUUUGGCUCUCACUGACAUUGAAACCAUUAACUCGUUUGAUUACGACUGGUACAACGUGUCUGACCAGGCAGACCUGAGGUCUAGUUUGGGCGAUGCAGGAUAUGUUGUCUUCGGGGUGAUUCUCUUUGUCUGGGAGCUACUGCCCACCUCCCUGGUGGUCUUUUUCUUUAGGGUUCGCAAGCCAGCACAAGACAGGAGUGCAUCUGUCAUCCCCAGUCACGUCUUCUCCACCAAGCGCUACUUCUUUGACAAUCCCAGACGAUAUGACAGCGAUGACGAUCUUGCCUGGGGCUCCCAUCCUCAGAGCUCUUCAACAAGUUUGUCCACAGAAUGCUAUGACUGGGGUAGUCGAAGCAGCAGUUUCCUCGUGAACUUGGGAGGAGAGAACCAGUGGUUGUCUCCAGCCGGAGCAGCACUAAACCGUUAGCACCAGACCUGCAUGUUCUACCGCACUAUAUGGCCAAAAGUAUGUGGACAUGCUUCCGAAUUAUUGCCACACGCAUUGUCAGACGUACAAAAGCACACGGGCAUGCAAAAUCUCCACAGACAAAUGCCAGCAGUAAAAUGGGUUGUGUUGAAGAGCUCAGCGACUUUAAGCAUGGCGCUAUCAUACGAUGCCAACUUUGCUACGAGUCAGUUCAUGAAAUUUCUGCCCUGCCAAAUGUGCCCAGGGCACGUCUGGCUUAGGCAGACGCCAGGAGAACACUAUCCACUGGAAGGCAUAGUGCCAGCGGUAAAGUUUGGUGGAGCAGGGAUAAUGGGCUGCUCCAGUGGCCCGCACAGAGGUCCGACCUCAACGCCACUGAAAACGUUUGGGAUGAACUGGAAUGUUGAGAGCCAGGCCUUCUCGUCCUAUCAAUGCUUGACCUCAUAAAUACGUUUUUGAGUGAAUGGGCACAAAUUCCCAUAUACACAUUCGCAAAAUCUUGUGGAAAGCCUUCCCAGAAGGGUGGAGGCUGUCGUUUCCUGUAGACGCAGGGGGAGGCGUCACCUCCAAGUUAAUGUCGUUUUUUUGAACGGAAUGUCCAAUAAGUUUAUAUAGGUAGGGUGGUCAGCUGUCCACAUAUUUUUGACCAAAUAGUUAUGUGUAAAUUAAUUAUGUACUGCACCGCACUUUAAUGUCUGCAACAUCUGAGUAUGCACGCACGGUAGAUUGCUCUAGAAGUAUCCCUACAUUCAACAAACACAACAGACUCGCACUAUGCCCAGCAAGGAAGCAAACAGAGUGAGCUACCGUGUGAUCCCAGGAAGUGAUGCGUGAGCUAGCAUGGCAGUCUUGACCAAAUGACUGCGCUGGACUUUCUAAGGAAGAUUCUGAGAUCGAGUUGCACAGGUUGCACUUUGUCAUUGUGGACUGUAACAAAGCUAAGUGACGUUAACUAGUAUAAAAGGUACUCUAAUCAAGAUUUUCACAUCACCAUUUCAUUACAUCAUCACACCAUUUGCACAUGUUAAAAUGAAGACAUCAAAUGAUAUCCUGCAGUUGUCUUGACAGCUUUUUGACACAGACAAGAUAGUACUGAGGUGUGUACAAGUUUGUUUAAUUACACGUGGAAUCUGCAAGAUACUAAGAAAAUCUUAAUUAGAAUACUUUUAACUCCAACACUGGUGAUUUAAUGUACAAUCAAAUAUAGUCACAAUCAUAUUAGGAUCAUAAUGAAAACUAUUACCACAAAAUAAGCUGUUAUGUAUGUAAUCCAUGUUUGUUUUUAAGCAUUUGUAUUGAGAAAAACAAGGAUGUCAGGAAAAACACAGGCAGUGCUGUGUUCCAGUUCAUUCACACCUAUUAAGAUUAAGAAGGUGUCCUGUUUCUUGUGCAGUAUUUCAGGUCUUUCAUUUGUGCUCAGUAAACUCAUUUCUUUAAUGAAAUUAAGUCACUUUCAUUCCUUGGUUGAUUGAGAAUAUUUUAUUGGUCAGAAAGAUUGUGAAGGUUUGUUAAUAAAGAAAUAUUUUGGUGUUUAAAAAAAAAAGUGUAAAUGUCUGUUUUAGGCUUUAUGUUAUGAAUUAAUUUUAGUUUCAAGGCAAUUGAAAAAAAAUUGUUAUACACAAACAUGAAAAGUAAACAGAUGCUUGAUGACAGAUUUAUUCAUCUGUUCAAAUAAAUAGACUUAACAAGUAUACACAACAACAUAGGAGCAACUGUUGUAAAUUGACUAGAUACAGGUCUGAAAAGUUGUCCUUUUACAAAUUAUGAAAAAUUAGGACUGAAUUUUUCAAAAGCAUCACAUCACUCAACAGGUAACCAAGGUGGAUACUGGAUAUCAAGCUUUAUUGUUGUCCUUGCCGCUGUACAAAGGAAAUUUGUAGGAAAGGUUUGGAGCUGCAUCCAUCAAUAUUAAACAACAUUCCACACACCAUGUUUAAUAUCUUACUCAUAGCAUUUCUUUUCCAAAAUAUUUUGACUGAAAAUGUUCACCUUUUGCUCCAUUAACCUAAAGACUCCACAAGUGAAAGUCUUUGUAGAAGAAAAUACAUUUAGGAAACAGUCCUGGAUAGGCCUAUGAUGGAAAGUGACUGGGAGGAUUAACAUAUUUAGAAACACUAGCAAACUGACCUGAUUUUAGUUUAAUGGUGAACUGAAUGAUUUGCUUCCCCACCACCUUCUAACUGAAACUGAAUCUGCGUUUCAUUAAGCACCUCUACUGCCUCACAUACAUUAGUAACUGAAUACAGGUCAUCUUACACAACCUCACGUCUACGAUCUGUUUUGCAAUUUGUACUCUUCUUGGUUAGAUUACACGGCGUGUCCUAAUCAGCACAUAAAAAGAAAUCACAAUAUUUUCAAGGGACCUACAGCACAGUAGUGCGUUUAUGUUGGUUUGUACUAUGACACUUCAAGUACUUUUAUUUCUAUCCAAAUAUUCUUGCUCUGAAUUGACUUAAGUACUUCUGCUUAAAUAUCAUUUAUCAGUGCUUGUAUUACCACCGACAGUUCUGCUCAUUUCAGAAAUCCAGAGAAGAAAAUGGCAUUGGAGAAAGACAUUUUAGUCUGCUAAGGUGAGACAAGGUGGAGUGAGCGCUAGAAAGCAACACACUCGGGGCCGUUAAGGCAGACAAGCAGAACACUCUGGGGUUCUUAAAAAGGACGUUUUGUUCAUUGCCACACACAACCAAUCAUUACUACCUUCAUUAUUAGUUAGUAUGCUUUUGUCCCUGAAUGGACCACAGUUUGUGUGAGUGCAUCUUGCCAGGACAUUAUUGCAGGGUAGAGGCAAAAAAUGCCAAAACAUAAUAUCGAAUUAACUUCUACACUAAAAGUGACAUGACACCGACAGAAAAUGAACAAGGGGCAAAAGAAAAAGCAGUCUUUGGUCCAGUCGCAUUAUAAGGGAGAACUGCAUUUACCAAACUUUUCCAUUACAGCAGGUUGACGAGAUUCUCAAAGCACACAGAAAUCACUCUCCCAAACACAUACCCCUUCAUACAAGUAGUUCCUUUAACGUUAAAAAUAAAAACAGAAAAGCACCUUAGGUCCUACGCAAGAUGUUCGAAAGAGGGAAGAUCUGCCAACGUCUUGUAAGGUUCCAAGAAACAAGUCUUUGAGAAGGAGCAGCUAACCUGGUGGAAACCCAGCAUGCACUACAGUGACUGAAGGCCAGGACACUCUGAACUUCACCAGCCCUCGUGAUGUGCAUAUCAAGCAGAUCUGCCUUAUUUGGGGAAGCUUCUAAAAUGUCAGUCAUACACAGAUUCUGGUCUGAGUCCAGGUUCAUCAAUAAACUCUCUCUAUACAUGGCUGUAGUCAUGGGUAGUAAAGUAAAAAAAUAAAUGUUAAAAAAAAGGAGUAAUAAACCCAUUGCUUGUUAUGAGUUGCUCAGGUUUGUAACAUCACAAUGCUACAUUUUCCGCUUUAGGAAAUUUAUAACUUUAGAAAUGUAUCCAUUAUACAUAAU